UGGUUAUAUGGAAUAUGCAAAUUGAUUCCAGCGGUUCGAUUUGGCCGCGUGCCGAAGCGUGAAAAGGCGCGAAUAGCGGAGGAAAUGGCUCGCCUCGCAGACGUAUCUGCAUUUACUUCUCUGAAAAAAGCGGUGGAAGAUGCCUCAUCAGUGCUAGAAACAUGCGUUUCGGGAUUUUUGUUGCUCGUCGAUACACUACGCGCAUUCAUUGAGCAGUCACCAUUACAAUACUGGUGUCCAGUUAGGUAA